ACGGAACUUGCGAGAUCUCUAGAUCAUGAUUCUACGACGCAUCUCGACACCCUCAAGACACGGUCUUCCAUUGUUCAGCCGCCAUUUCAGCGCCACUCCUUCAUUUUCGGGAGGGAACGCUUUGCAAGGCGGAAGCUAUCCAUACCCACUGUGGUUCCAUCCUGAGGGAACGGUCAUGGCCGUUAGCUUCCUUGGUCCCUCAGAUGUGCCUGGGAAAGAGUUACGGAAGGAAGGUAUCAUUGGCUGGGUGAAGGGUGACACAGAAACACCGGACUUGAAACCUGGAAAUUUCCAGACAAAUCCAACUUUUGAAGACGUGCUUCAUGAGGUGGUCAAAGAAAACAUUGACGAAGACGAGGGAAUCAAAGCACUUGCGUUGCAUCAAAAAAUCGGUCAUUUGAACAUAAAUGACCAGCGGACAUACACAUCGUGGGGCCGAGUGAGCGAUCCUGAGGAUAUUUUGGGAACGGUUCAGCUGGAUGAUGGUUCGAUGGUGCCUGGAUCUUACCAAAGGAUGCCGACGCACCGCAUUGUCUCGAGCAACGGCCUUUUUCAGUUGAGCGAGUUCUUGCAUAGUAAGCUCGUGGAUAGGCUGCAAGAAAAAUAGAUAAGCGUCAGAUUGGUUAGGUAUGGAACAGAGUUAGGGAAUGAAAAUCGUGACAGGUGGAUGGCGGUAAACAGUCUGGUGCCCUAAUUGGCCCCGCGAUAAGCAUUUCAUUUUUUAACGUAAGGAUAAAUAGUUACGAUAUCUGCAGAUCGGCUAACGCAGAAUCCAAAAAAUGUGCGCAAGCUGUAAGGAAAGGGAUAUCCUCUUUAAGUCUAUGUAUCAAGAUCGUCCCUGGGGUGUAGGGAUGUGCCCAUCCUCGACCGCUCGCCGGAUCGUCAUAUAUUUCCUCAUCCUCUGAAACCCAAUGUGUGAUCUUGUUGCCAUACCUUAGCCAACUCGCUACCUUUCCAUCCUCCUGGCCUUCUUUAUUUUGUUGUGGAUACGGAUCGGAGCCGACCCAUUUAACAAGAUCCCACGACAACACGUAUCCAAGGCCGGCCAUGAACCCAGUCCCACCAGGGUUUCGUCCAAAAAACACAUCAUCAUCCGUUUUCAUGACAAAAUCAUAUCGGCCGUCGGGAAACGUAUGAG